AUGGAGCCAGACAGGACCCACAUAAAGCUUGACCCUAGGUACACAGCAGAUCUUCUGGAGGUACUAGAGAACAAUUACAGCAUCCCCUCUGCCUGUUUCUCUCACCCUCCCACUGCAGCUCAGCUCCUGAGAGCACUGGGCCCUAUGGACAUUGCCCUCACAGCCAUCAUGACCAUGCUUGCCGUGGGCUCCAUCAUCAUCUUCCUAGAAGAUGCUGUCUACCUGUAUAAGAACACCCGUUGUCCCAUCAAGAGGAGAACUCUGCUCUGGAGUAGCUCUGCACCCACGGUCGUGUCUGUGCUCUGCUGCUUUGGUCUCUGGAUCCCUCGAUCCCUUAUGCUUGUGGAAAUGGCCAUCACCUCGUUUUAUGCGGUAUGCUUUUACCUGCUAAUGCAGGUCAUGGUGGAAGGCUUUGGUGGGAAGGAGGCAGUACUGAGGACAUUGAAGGACACCCCAAUGAGGACCCACACCGGCCCCUGCUGCUGCUGCUGCCCCUGUUGCCCGCCCCUCAUACUCACCAGGAAUAAACUCCAGCUGCUAAUGUUGGGUCCAUUCCAGUAUGCAUUCCUCAGGAUCACACUGAUCGUGGUGGGCCUGUUUCUCAUCCCUGACGGCAUCUUUGAUCCAGCAGAUAUUUCUGAGGAGAGCACAGCUCUCUGGAUCAACACUUUCCUCGGUGUGUCCACCCUGUUGGCUCUCUGGGCGCUGGCCAUUCUUUUCCGUCAAGCCAAGCUGCACCUAGGUGAACAGAACAUAGGAGCCAAAUUUGUUCUGUUCCAGGUGCUCCUCAUCCUGACUGCCCUGCAGCCCUCCAUUUUCUCAAUCUUGGCCAGCAGUGGGCAGAUUGCUUGUUCACCUCCCUUUUCCUCUAAAGUCAGGUCUCAAGUGAUGAAUUGCCACCUCCUCAUACCGGAGAGUUUUCUAAUAACUGUGCUGACACGAAUGUACUACCGGAGGAAAGACAACAAGGUUGGGUACGAAGUUUUCUCUUCUCCAGAUCUGGGUCUGAACCUCAAUGCCUAAGGCAGAUAGCAUGGACAAUGGAAGAGACAUUGUACUCAUGAGGACAGCACAUGAUUUCAUCACUGUUCCUCAACCUUGACCAAAUGGGGAAGGAUCCUCAUUGUCAGUAUAUGCCGGCAGAUUACAGUUGACUAUUGGGAUGAAGGAUGCAAUGGGAUGAAAUUGUUUUGGAUCUUGCUUGGGGAAGUUUUAAGUUUUAUAAUAAACAAACAAGAUGGAGUCUGAAAAUCUGUAA